GAAGGAGCUUGCGGUGACGAACGGCGAAGCGAUUGUAGCUGCUGUGAAGGAGACUCUGAGAUACGGUUUGUUCCUUGGAACCUUCGCCGGAACGUUUGUUUCCAUGGACGAGCUUAUUGGUGCUCUCGGAGGUCACCGUAGGACAGCAAGGUGGAGAGCCUUCCUGGCAGGGGCUCUUGCUGGGCCAUCCAUGCUUCUGACUGGUUUGGAGACACAACACACGAGCUUGGCCAUUUAUAUUCUCAUGCGUGCUGCUGUGUUAGCGUCUCGGUGUGGGAUCAAGAGCAAGCGGUUUGGGAGAUAUUGCAAGCCUCUCACCUGGAAGCAUGGAGACAUAUUCCUCAUGUGCCUAUCCUCCUCCCAAAUAUUGUCUGCUUAUAUAUUAAAGCAAGAGAGUUUGCCCUCUUCAUAUAAGUCUUUCCUUAAUAAACAUGGUGGGAAGGAUGCAGUUAUCCUACAAGGUGUAAAGGAGAUAGCCAGUGGCAAGCCUUUUACUAAUUUGGAAGCAAUAGAGAAAUACUACAAGACCAUUGGUGUUGAUGUGAAAUUAGAUCCAAGUAUGAAAGUCCCAUGCUCGAUUGUACAUGGGAAUCAAUCAUGUGGAGAACAUAUCCUUUCUUUUCUUGUUGAAGCCUACAAGAGAGCAUUACCUGUUUAUCUUCCAGUUUAUCUGAUACCUGCCCUAAUAGUUCACAGAAAUGGACUUUUGAAAAGGCCUAACACAAUAUUGGCCAAAGGUCUUCUUGGCACCGCAAGAUCAAGCUUAUUUUUAUCUGUUUAUUGCGCAUCUGCCUGGAUGUGGACGUGCUUUCUGUUCAGGAUCUUCAAAAGAUGUAAUAUUCCAAUGGUGGCCAUGGGAACAUUCCCAACUGGCCUUGCAUUGGCUAUUGAGAAGAAAAGCAGGCGAAUAGAGAUAUCAUUAUACUGCUUUGCACGGGCCAUCGAGAGUUUCUUCACAUGCUUAGCAGAUGCAGGAUAUCUCCCUCACUCAAGGAGAAUCAAGAGAGCUGAUGUAGUAGUUUUCAGCUUGUCAACAGCUAUCAUAAUGCACUGCUAUGCUGAGGAGAGGGAUGUUUUCAGAUCCAAAUAUCUUAAUGUUCUUGACUGGGUAUUUGGUGUGCCGCCUCCUCCAUGUGAAACCCCGCGGUGCAACCCACAGGGCAAAGGGACAACAAAUAUGCCAGCACCAGCAGAGUAUUCUUUACCCGGGAAAAUUGCACUUGACUAAGUGGUACAUUGGUGAUGUUGCUUUCCCCAGGUGACAAUUAGAGCCUGAUUAUUGUGUGGGAAUUUCUUUGGUGAAGAGUGAACUUGGGUGAAGAGUUUUUAAAGAGAGUGCGCAUUGCAUGUGAUACAUUUUAUUGUAGAACAAACCAUCUUUAGUUUUUACCCAACUUCAUUCUUCACCUUGGUAUUACCUUUAUUGUGUUGGGCAAGGGAACUACAAUCAUUACUUGAACGUGACUGCAUACAUGAAAAAUACUUGUAUGUUUCUUAAACACAUUAAUACGUUUUCCAAGAACAUUUACAACUACUCAUUCUUAUUAUCUAUAAAUUUGUAAGUUAUACACAAAGAAAACUGAGUAGUUCUAAAUGUUAAGAACAUAUGUGGGUGUUAUGAACAUGCAAGUAUUUCUCGUAGUCUUGGAGUAUCCAGUUAACUCAGGGAUAUCAGAAGAUCGAAGGUCUCUUUUUAAUAUUUAUUGCUGCAUGGUAUUUUGAAGCAGUGGCAUACCAACUAACCUAUUGAUCACUCUAAUGAUAUUAUUCUCUGGUGACCAUUAUUAGCAGUGCCAAGAAUUAACUCCUCAGCAAUCUAAUUCUGGAUCAACCGCACAUAUCUUCUCUUUGUAACUUCAAAAUCUUUGAAAGCUUUGCUUAUUUGAUUUGUUAAUUUGAUUUUACAUAUUUAUUAAUAUAUUGAAGUGGAAGUGAUUCAAGAGUUUAGUUAUUUUUA